UUUAGCUUUCUUCCAUAUACACACACCACCGCCUCUGUCUUCUGAUAAAUAGACCUAAUCGCUCCCCAAGGAAUUCUUCAAACACAACAUUCUCUCGUCCCAGCGUCGCCCUCUGGAUCGGAUUACCUUUCUCCGCUUCAAUUUUCAUUCGACUAUCACAGAUCGCCUCGCUCUCCAUAAUUUUCCGUUCGUCACAUCCCCUUUCUCUCCAUACUUUUCCAUUCAACAAUCCCUGAAUUGUUCGGGUUCUGGCUGAUUUAGAAUUGUUGUUUGAGCGAAGACAGUUUUAGCCUCAAUCAACCUGCCUGAUGGCUUCUUUGGAUAUGACACUUGAUGAUAUGAUAAAGAGCAGACGUAAUAUUGAGAGAAGUCAGAAAAGUCGGGGAGGGGGCAGACCUCAACGUGGAAGAGGGGCCAGUGGAUCAUUUAGAGGUGGAAGACGUGCUGGAGCUCCUCCUGGUCGAGGUGCUCUAGGUGUUAAUGCCAGACCAUCAGCUCACACCAUUGCCAAGUCUUUCCGCAGGGUGAAAAAUUUGCCUUGGCAGAAUGGUUUGUUUGAAGAUAGCCUUAGAGCAGCUGGGGUAUCAUCUGGAUUUGAAAGUGGUACCAAGUUAUAUGUUUCCAACUUGCACCACAGUGUUACCAAUGAAGAUAUAAGGGAACUCUUCUCGGAAAUUGGAGAAUUGGUAAGGUAUGCCAUCCACUAUGACAAGAAUGGCCGCCAAAGUGGUUCUGCUGAGGUUGUUUUUGUGAGAAGAACUGAUGCAAUCCAAGCACUAAAAAAAUACAACAAUGUACAAUUGGAUGGAAAGCCUAUGAAGAUUGAAGUAGUUCCAACCAACCCGCAAGUUCCCUUUUUACCUCUUGUGAAUGUUGUUGGAACGAAGAAUGGGAAGAGGACAGUUGUCAUGAAUAGGGGACAAGGAUACGCAAGGCCUAGAAGAACUGGUGCUCCUCUUGCUACUAACUGGGGUUCUGGGCAAAGAGGCCGAGGUGGAAAUGGUGGUCGUGGCCGAGCUGCAGCUGCUAGUCGUGGCCGAGGUGCUGGGGGUGGUCGUGGACGUGGAGGAGCAAGGAAGAAGGGUGGUGUGGAGAAGUCAGCUGAUGAACUUGACAAGGAGCUGGAUAGCUACCAUGCCAUGCAGACUUGAAUAUCCCACGCUUCGACCACAAAGUCAAACCUCUCUAAUCAGUGGAUCGCCGUCUUUAUAAAUUCAACAACAAUGGUUAUUAGUGUUUUUGUUCUGUGGUGAUUAUUACUGAUUGUUGAUGAAUUGAUUUUGCGAGAAGGAUUCUAGACGUUUGUUUUCUAAUCUUUGCAAAGUAUUAUCAUUAUUCGAACUGGAAUGAUGUGCAUAUUUAAUUAGUUUUCCUAACUCAAGAGUUUGAGUGGUGAGUUUUUAAUCGUUGCUUGUACUCCGUAGUAUAUUAAAGUACUCGCUAGUUCGUGUCCUCAGAAGUCGGAAGGACAUAAUUAUUCACUUAAGCGUUGUGUUGUAAAAUUAUGUUGUUUGUAGUACGAUAUAAUCACACCAAAAUCAUCAAUUA